UGGCGGCGGGCCUGCUGCUCGCCUGCUGCUGCGUGCUGCUGCUCGGCUUGCUGCCCGGGGAGGACUGCGAGGAGGUGAUGGCAAGGAAGGUGUGCCUAACCGAGGAGUGCGUGCGAACCGCCUCGUCCCUGCUGGCCGCCAUGGACCGCUCCGCCGACCCGUGCCACGACUUCUUCCAGUUCGCGUGCGGCACGUGGAACAAGAAGCACGUGAUCCCCGAGGACCGCAGCAGCAUCAGCACCUUCGAGGUGCUGGCCGACCAGCUGCAGGUCAUCCUCAAAGGCCUGCUGGAGGAGCCGCAGAGCGAGUACGACAGCGAGGCCACGCUGAAGGCGAAGAGGUUCUACAACUCGUGCAUGGACGUCCAGCAGAUCCGGCGGGUCGGCGACGCGCCCCUGCGCCGGGUGCUGGAGUCCCUGGGCGGCUGGCCCGUCACGCGCCGCGACUGGAGGCCCCCGCCCUUCUCCGUGGAGACCCUGCUGGGCCGCCUGCGGGGCCAGUUCAACGAGGGCGUGCUGCUGGAGCAGUGGGUGGGCCCCGACGACAAGAACUCCUCCGUGAACAUCCUCCAGCUGGACCAGAUGCAGCUGGGGCUGCCCGGGCGGGACUACUACCUGAAGGCCAGCUCCGAGGGCGACCUGCAGGCCUACCACAAGUACAUGACGCAGGUGGCGCUCCUGCUGGGGGCAGACCCCAGCACCGCGGCCGACGAGCUGCGCCACGUCGUCGCCUUCGAGAAGGAGCUGGCCAACGCGUCGCUGCCCGAGGCCGACCGCCACGACACCAGCGCCAUCUACCGCCGCCUGCGCCUGCGCGAGCUGCAGCGCGAGGUGCCGCAGCUCAACUGGCUCGAGUACCUGGGCGCCUUCCUGGACGCGAGCGUGCGCGACGCCGAGCCCGUCGUCAGCUACGCCAUGCCCUACUUCGUGCAGAUGGGGCGCAUCCUGCAGCGCACGGACCGCCGGGUGGUCCACAACUACGUGCUCUGGCGCCUGGCCAUGAGCAUCAUGCCGCACAUGAUCGACGAGUACCAGCAGAGGAGCGUCGACUUCAAGAAGAUCCUGAUGGGCAUCCUGAGCGAGCGCAACCGCUGGAGCCAGUGCGUCGAGUGGACCAACAAGAAGCUGGGCAUGGCCGUGGGCGCGCUCUUCAUCCGCGACAACUUCAACCAGGAGAGCAAGGAGACGGCGCUGGAGAUGAUCCACACGAUACGGCAGGCCUUCAACGAGCUGCUGGUGGAGAACCACUGGAUGGACGACGACACGCGCGCCGUGGCCAAGGAGAAGGCGGACGCCAUGAACGAGCGGAUCGGCUACCCGGAGCUGCUCACCGAUAAGGAGGAGCUCAGCAAGGAGUACGUCAUGCUGAACGUCACGGAGGACCAGUUCCUGGUGAACAUCUUCAACGUGCUGCGCUACGACGCGCACCACAACCUGCAGAAGCUGCGGCAGCCCGUCGACAAGGACAAGUGGUCGACGGAGCCCGCCGUCGUCAACGCCUUCUACAACCCCAACAAGAACGACAUCGUGUUCCCGGCGGGCAUCCUGCAGCCCCUCUUCUACAGCCAGCACUUCCCCAAGUCCCUCAACUACGGGGGCAUCGGCGUCGUCAUCGGCCACGAGAUAACCCACGGCUUCGACGACAAAGGCCGGCAGUUCGACAAGGACGGCAACAUGAUGCAGUGGUGGAACAACGCGACGGUGCGCGCCUUCCGGGAGCGCGCCCAGUGCAUCAUCGAGCAGUACUCCCGGUACAAGCUGGACGAGGUGGGGCUGUUCGUGAACGGCCGCAUGACGCAGGGCGAGAACAUCGCGGACAACGGCGGCCUCAAGCAGUCCUUCAGGGCGUACCGCAAGUGGGUGGCGGAGCACGGCGAGGAGCCGGGGCUGCCCGGCAUGGACCUCACGCACGACCAGCUCUUCUUCCUCAACUACGCGCAGAUCUGGUGCGGCUCCAUGAGGCCCGAGGACGCCCUCAGCAAGAUACGCUCCUCCGUGCACUCCCCGGGCCCCAUCCGGGUGCUGGGCCCCCUGUCCAACUCGCGGGACUUCGCGGCCGCCUACCGCUGCCCGCCCGGCGCCCCCAUGAACCCGCGCGACAAGUGCACCGUGUGGUAACGGCACCGCGGACGCUCCCCCCCCGAGCGACGGCCGCGCACUAUUCGGCCCCCAUCCGGGUGCUAGGCCCCUCUGUCCGACUUCCUGAGACUCCACAGCUGCCCGCCCGGCGCCCCCAUGAACCCGCGUGACAAGUGCACCGUGUGAACGGCACCGUGGACGCUCCCCCCCCGAGCGACGGCCGUGCAACGAUGAUGCAGGAUGGACCGUUCUCCACCUCUGCCGCCGUUUCAUCGCAAGUAUUUCCAUGUAUAUCUAUAGGUGUCUAUUCUCUCCCCUCAGUACUCCUUUCAGUGUGCCAAAUUUACUAAACUUUGCCUCUUACACUUGCCUUGAGAACUCGUAUUCAGAGCCGUGUUAUGUCGCUACUGUGUGCGGUAGCUAGCUCGCCGACAGUAAACUCAUUCAGACCUUCCUCCCUUGGUCCGAUUUCCUUCCGAAGCAAUUUUUCAUCCAUGUACAUAUUCACACCUUCCUCCAUACAAAUAGAAAUUUUUCGGAUUAUUUGUGAAAAGUGAAGAACUUUUUAAGUACUUUAUAACAAAUUUUACAGAUUACAAAUUUAAUAGUAAUAAUUGUUACAAUAUCAAGCAAAAAAAAAUAUUCAUGAUGAUACUCGAGUCUGUAAAAGUUGGGGACUUAAUAUUUCACAUACCAUAUCAAAUAAUAUCAGUCCAAGAAUGAACGAGUUGAAAAUAAUUCUUUAUGGGUGCGAAUUUUAUCUUCAACUAUUUAUGUUGGACAUGCAUAAAAAUUACUUAUCUUUUAACUAAAAUGCUUUGCAGCAUUUAACCCUAACUAGGUAAUUGUAUGCAUUUGCACGUAAUCUUAAAAGUUGUAGUUCAGUCUGAGUGAGUUUAUGAGGAUAUUUCUAAAAUCUUACUUCUACAUUUAGGAAACCAGCAAGUCUCCCUGAAGUAUUAUUUAUGUUAACAAUAAAACCAGUAUUUUCUUAUCACUAGUUUACCAUUGCAAAAAAAAAAAAAAAUAACAUGUACUAAAUUAUAAUCAAUGCUAAUCCAAAUACACCAUUUAAGUCUGCUAGUUGACAAUCAUUUCUGGUGUACACUUUUGUUAUGACUGACUAAUGUAUUCAUCUCUCAUCACUUAACAUGUGAUUUAUCAACCCAGUAAAAUCCCACAUGCAGGAAUCUCGACAUUUUUACUGUCUGUGUACAAAUACUAACUUCUCAAAUAGGUAAUGCACCGCUGGAUGUGACAGUAUCUUACUUCAGUGAUAAAGAAUGAACAUUUUGUGUCAUACGGAACAUUCUAGUGUGGGUAAUGCUACAUCUUCUUGUGUGGAAUUUUCUCAGUUGAAGACUUGCCCUGCGGAUAUUGAACUGCUGAAGAUUCUUUAUGCAGACUAAAGGCAUGUCAUCGUAAAGGGAAAAAAAAAAUAAAACUUUUUUCAAGAAAUCUUUGUGUGCAUAAUUUGACACAAAGCUAUUCAGCUGGUCUGGUGGGUUUAAAUGUACACGUUAAGAAGUAAAUGCAUUUUUUCACUAUGAUGAUUAUGAAAAAAAUAAUUUUUUUUUUUACUUCAAGAAUGUAGCUUUGAAAAAAAUCCUCAAGAUGUAUCCCAGUAGCAUGCGAGUCGCACCAUAUCAUUUUAUACAUAAUUAUUCAUGCAAGUUCCGCAUGUGCUGUGCCAGUACCUAUUGACAAUAUUGUUUUUAGGAGGAGCAUAAUUGUUUUACUGUGUGAUCACCGAUCAAAGUCUCAUCAUUGGAAUUUCAUUCUCAGAAGUAUACAUCGUCAUUGUUAAAAAACCAAACCCAUGCACAAAUUUUAAUUUUUUAACCCUUCACUCUAUAGGCUGAGCCUUCAUUUUAAAAUAAUUUGGCGAUGAACGGAGUUACAUAUUUACUGUACAGUUUAUCCCGAAUAUAUUAAUUAAAUAUAGCUUAAGUACUACUUAUAUUUUGAACAGCUGUGGGUCACGACCUCUUGUGGCGAGGUAAGACUGUCAAAAAGGUAAAAAUCAAAGCCACACAUUUAUCAACUGGAAGAUAUCAAAAAUUAAUUUUUUGCGAUUAAGUCAUGCACACCAUCAGAGGUUCACGAAAUCCCAUUCGACCAUCGAGAAAAGAUUUGCCUCGGAAGCAAUCCUAACUGCAACAUCCAGCUACUAAGCAGCAGACAGUAAAAAAUAAUAAUAAUAAUAAUAAAUAAACUACUAGUAGUUGUUUCUUCGCACCCGAUCCCACUGCACUAUUUUCUGUAAAACAUUAAAAUGACUUCUUUUAUUCAUGUAAAAGUGUACAUGCCGGCUACAGUUCGAUGUUCUUGGGCAGCCACGGCCGGAUUUUGAUCAAUCAUAACCACAGAUUACAAUGAAAGAUAAUUACAGCUAAUUACAUAUUGGUUUACAAUUUACCAUUAAUAAAAGAGGCCAAAUACUCUGGUAUGAUUUUUAUAUUAAAGUAAAGAUCAAAAUCUUAAAGAAAGCCUCCUACAAAAAAAAAUUUUAACUACAUAAAAAAAAUACACUUCCCAUCUUUCCUGACUGGAAUAAAGUGACUGUUAAUUCAAUAAUUUGUAAAUAAGUCCAUCUAUAUUUUUCGAUAACUGUUUAAACUAUAUGUAAUCAGAAAUUUUGUAAACUGUAGCACCACUAGUUAAAUUAACAAAGAUAAAUAAUAAAAUUUAAAAAAUUCCUAAUUUUUAUUUUUAACUAUUUUACAUUCAGGCUGAAAAUUUCACAAAAUUAUGAACUGGCAACCAGUAAAAAUCCUGUUGAUUAUGUCCCACCAGUGUAGACAUAUUUUUUUAAACAAUGGGAUUAUGAAUAAUUUUAACUCUAAAAAACUACAAUGAUGUCAUGAAUUUCCAAACUUCUUUUAAUAUAAACUUAACUUAAAAAAUUUACCCCAAUCCAGAUACCUCACACGCAGAUGGAGAGCUAUACACGUUGGAAAAACCCUUCUGGAUGAGGGGCAUAAAUUAUAUAAACAUAUAUUUUAUUUUGAUUCGCUUCAAGUACACAACAGGUUAAUAUGACAAAUGAUCAAGAUUACAGGAGGUUCCAAACCAAGUGGAUACUCACUCAAAAUAAUUAAUGAGUUGGGCUAGGAAUUACAUUGCCUCUUGUGUAAUCACGUUAUUUUGAUGCCAAGGACUCAAAAAAACAUCAUUGCAUGCAAAAAUCUAAAUGUUUGCACACAAAUAAAUAUGUGAAAAUCUACAGAGAAAACCAUUUUGGUACAUCUUAAGUACAUGACUCAUGGAAGCAGUGUGCGAAUUAAAUUCUGAAUUUCCACCUUGGUGCAGCAAACAAAAUUUGGGUAAAUUUGAAACUUAAGUUAAGAGCAAACUAAUUUUGCACUAUUACAUCUGCAACCGAUUUUUAAGUGAAUAUAAUUAAAGUGCUGAGCAGGUAUACAUAGAAGAUGUUCCUAGUACAUAAUUGUAUGUCGUAAAAGUCUCAAAAUAAAUGUGGUUAAAUUUUAUUUCUAUAUUAUACUUUUGAUAUAUCUAUGUCGUAAUCAUUGACUACAGAUGAUAAUAAGUACAAGUAUGAGAAUAAAAUUCCAAUAAUUAUCAUAAAUGGUUGGUUGAUGCAUUGUCAUCUUUGUUUUAAAAUAUUCUGCCAUCGCGUGGUAUUGAAAACAUAUAACCACAGUUGUAACAAUAAUAUAGAUGUUCUUACAUUCAAAUUGUUAUAAAAGAAUAUCUUAGUGUAUCGUUCAAUGGCUAUAUCAAAUCUCAAUACAAUAUAUUUUUAAUAACUUACAUCUGUUCACAAUCUGUGUAAGGUAAGUAGAAUGUAUAGAAAAGAAAUUGAUAGUAAAUAUUUUACAUAUAUUUAAAAUUAUGGUUACGCUCUUGUGAAAUCAAGCAUCGUUUACAUAUUUAUUAAAAAAAAUGUGAACACCAAGAUUGGUUUUAUAUCAUUGUAUUGGGUCUUUACUUAUUAAACCAUUUCAAACUAA